UUUCUCUGACCUUCUCUGCGCUUCCGCUGCUGUGUGUCCAUGCGUGCUUCGUGCUUGGUGGUGUGGGUGGCGGUGGUUGUGGCUCUGGUGGUGGUGGGGACGCACCAUGGCUGCCUCGCCUUUGACUGCGAGACACACAGCCUGGCAGACGCCACACGCAUGCUCCAGACACAACGGUGUCAGGAGCUUGAGGUGACGCACUCUGCAACGGUGGGUGGCACGCUGGACAGCGCCACCUUGGACGCGUUCGUGGCAGCACUGGCCGAAAACCGUGACGUGCGCAAGGUGGAGCUGGCAGACAAUGCCUUUGGCGAUGAGGGCGUGCAGAAGGUCAUGGGCGCCCUGCUGCAGCGCGAGCUUGACCUGUACAGCCUGGAGCUGGAGCACAACGACAUCACGGAUGCCGGCUUGGAGGCUGUUGUCGAGUUUCUUCGCAAGAGCUCUGCCCUGCGCAAGCUCAAGCUGGGCCACAACGCCUUGACGGACGCCGGUGCUUCUCUUCUCGCGGAGGCCCUUCCAAACCAACUGCAUGAACUCGACCUCUCCUUCAACAACAUUGGCGACGCUGGCCUACUCUCUUUGCUCCACGCAGCUUCUACCACCAUGCUGCGAGAGCUUGAACUUGAGCACAAUGCUGUGACGGACCAAGGUGCAGCCGCCGCCGCAUCGCUCCUCCUCGAAUCUGACGACUCACUGCGCGAACUUGACCUCGACUACAACCACCUCCACGCGGACGGGCUGGCGGCACUUGCUGACUGCCAGCAGCAGCGCACAGACCGUGGCCACCGCAUUCACAUCAAGAUUAAGACUGGUGAUGGCGACUUUAGCAAGAAGCAACCACGUCGCUAUCGGUCCGUGAAGCGAAGCAACGUUGCUGCUGGCUGGGACGAGCAAAGAGUCAAGCAGUGGGUGUCGGAGAUCCACCCGCAGUUCCGCAAGUACGGUGCACUGAUGACGGCCAACGCGGUCAACGGAGAUGUGCUUGCAGGCUUGACGGACAUCGACCUGCAAACCAUGGGGGUGGACAACGCCAUGCACCGCCGCCGCUUGCUCGCUGAGAUUCGCCGCCUCACCUCAUAUGACGAGCUCUGAUGCCCACACUGUUGUGUUGCCCUCUCGCGCUGCUGCUGCUGCUGUGUGUGUGUGUGUGUGUGUGUGUGUGUGUGUGUGUGUGUGUGUGUGUGUGUGUGUGUGUGUGUGUGGCUCUGGCAUGCUGCGUGUGCGUUACAUGAUGUUGUCCCCCACCUCGACUGUAAAAGCGUGUCCUGCCUCUUGGCUCUCCUUUGCUGCGCUUGUUUUCUGACUGUGCAUUAAACGUCGACAAUGUGA